UGGCUCGCCCCAACUCCGGAUCUGGGCGGAGGGACCCUGGGGCGUGUUUCCCCACCCCUUGCGGACUUCGGAACCGACUCGGACAGACUGGCGCCGGAACAGGAGUGGUCUCUACUGGACGACAGCUUGGUGGGUUCGGGUCCUGCAAGAAUGCGGGCCCUGUCGGCCGUGGACGCACUUGCCAGAAUGCGACCCCCUCUCCGGGACCCCAGGGCUGCAGAGGACACUCAUCCGGCGCUGCCAGCGCGCAAGAGCGCGGUGGAGAGACUGGCGGCCGACCGCGCCAAGUACGUUCGGAGCACGCCGGGAUCCAGCCAGGGUUCUGUCUCCGAGGGCAGGGUCCCUGAGACCCCAGGGGUGCAGCACCGCAACCCAGUUCCUUCGGCUGUUACUCCAGUUCCCGUAGCCCGCAGGGUUAUCCCUCGGAAGCCGCUGAGACCUGAUUCGUUGGUCAUCUACCGACAGAAAUGCGAAUUCGUCCGAGGGCCAGGAGCAGACGGUUCCAGAGUCGGGACGGUGAAGAAGUUUUCCCAGGGGUCUCCCAAGGACAAAAUACCAGUGGCCCCUGAGACGACCGUGGUGUCAGGUGAGGGCAAGACGAAGGAAACAGAGGCCACUUGGACCAAGUCCGAUCAGGCGGUUGCCACUAGCCCAGCCUCUCCGUUAUCACCUCCCACCCCUGUAGUGGCCACGGAGUCCCCAGGUGUGCCUUUGAAGGUGGCUUCAGAGGUUCCAGUUGCACCCUCCGCAGGGGAGCUACGGGUGUCGCGUCGCAGAGGAUUGCAGCGCUCUCAGUCAGAUCUCAGCUCCCGCUACUCGAUAGCCAGGGCCGAACCCGACAACUUCUUCCUUUAUUGCGGCCUGGAACCUGAAGUGGUGGAGGCUCUUGGGAGAGAGAACUUCUCUGCUGGGUCCGACUGUGUUACAUUCAAAGUGCGGAGCGUGAGCAUGGCUACUUCUGAUAGUAGCUUCUCCAGGCACAGCGAGGACGGGCUGCAAGAAGAGGAGCUCAUGGAGCAGAUGCCCAGCACCACCUCUGUAGUAGAAAGGAACGCCCGUAUCAUAAAGUGGCUGUUUACCUGCAAGAAGGCCAAAGAAACCCCCAGCCAGAGGUUGCAGGGACCUGCCUGAUUGACGUUUGAUCCAGGAAGCAAACUUUUCCAUGAUGAAGGGACCCUUAGAUUGAAUGGACUCCUGAGCCAUGUGUUUGGUUCUGUUGACCAGGCUUGUAUAUUAGCCAUGGUGAAGUGCCGUGGUGAAGAUGGGAGGGAAGAUAUUAGUAGCUGUGAGAGGCAGCCUCCUUGUAAGAGUACAUCUCAAAAGGCAGCUGAAGAAAGGAUAGCUGUUGGAGAAUAUUUUCAGGACUUUUUUUUUUUUGUCUGACGUACUGACAGUUUCUGCAAUGUGUUUUGAUAAUAUGUAAAUAUAUGCUUUCAAAGAAAAGAAGAAAGUAUGAAAUCAAGCAUGGAUGCGGUAGUAUACUCCUUUCAACUAAUUUAUGCUACUUAAAGUUAUGUAAGCACAAAGAGGCAUCAGUGUGGCUGACACAAUCACUUGGCACUUACAUUGGUUUCCUAUACUAUACAACCGACAGUCUUUUGUAAUGAUUUGAAGAGGACAUUUAAAAUCACUUUAAGGCUUCGUGGUUCAUUUUGUUAAUGCCACUUUCUUCUUGGCCAUAAAUAUAUAAAAACACCCAUUGGGAGAUUCAUAAGACUAGAGAGCAUGCAAAAAAAAAGUGGGGGUCCUCUUUGCACUUGUUCAACGUAUGUGUAAUUAGGGAGGUCCAUAAGAGCCUGGAAUAUAAGAUAACAAGUAUUUACUUAUUUGGGGAAAAAAAACUCACAAUAAAGAUAGAGAGCCACAGUCCUCUGUGGACACUGGAAGCUAUGAGCCGAACUCUGACCACCAACCAAGAGAAAGCAAGCACGUUUCUUGUCUGUGUUUAUGGUACCUCAGACCAUACCCUAAUGGGCCAAUACCCAAGAGGCUAUUGGCUGAAUUAAUUCCCACAACACCUCCUCCUUUUGUCUAAAUAAGAGAGUUCUAAACCCAAUACAAAACUAUAUAAAAUAAGAACAAAUAUCAAGUAUUGUCCAGGAAAAAGAAAAGGCAAAAAUAUAUACACAAAAAUAGAACUACAACCCACAUGAACAGCCUCAAGCAAGAAACACAAGCUACAUGUUCAGUCUAAGGUAAUGAGCAAAUGACAGAGAUUAUUUCAAUAGCUGCCUUAUCCUGAGAAGUCUAAAUCUUGUACUAAAAUGUCUUAGCCAAGUUAUGAAAGGAAAGUAGCUAUGACUGUUUAGUCUUCAACUCCAUCAAAGACCUGAGAAGGAAAAUAGUAUACCUGAGUAAGCAAUGGUGUAAGCAAACAACUUCCAAAAGGUGUGAGAAAUGACAGAAACAGCUGGCUACCUGGACAGUCAUCCACAGUCUCAUUUGUAAUUUUGGGGCAACCAAAUUUGGCUAAGACCUAGAGCAUCUGACAAACCAUUUUCAGAGGCAGGAAAAUUCAAAAGACUGUCCUAUCCUGUCUUCACAAGGUUCAGCAGUCAUUUUUGCUUGUAUCUUGUUUCUCAGGUUUGGACAGCGUGCAUUUUGUCAGUAGUAAAGGCAAGGGAAAUUCUUUGCCCCAAUACUAGUUUUGCCAAGAAGAAAACAAGCUCUAAGUGGAGUAUCUUCAGUGUUCAACAUUCUCUCAAGAGUAGAUCAGUGCUGCCAGGAGCAAUCGUGUCUUGUGUCAGCAGAAUCCUGAGUUAUUUAGAUGUCAUAUUCUAUAGUUCUUUGAGGAAUUUGAAGAUUACUCAUCCAUGUGGAAUACAAUCUCUGUGCAUUUAGAGAAUCUGAUUAGUCUAACUCUAAGUAUGGCAAGUAUGGGUGACUAUUGACUUAUAAUUCUUGAAACUGUAUAGCUUAAAGACUAAGGUUUCACAUUAUAAAAUAGUCUUUAAACAGAUAUGCAGUAAAUGAGGACAAUGACCCCAAAAUGUAAACAAUCUAUGUAAGUAUCUUGAUCAGAGAUAGAAAUGUAUAGUGCAAUAUGAAAAAUAUACCCUAAAAUUGCAUCAAUAUCCAAAAUGUCUUAAGCAGAGGUAGAAACAUGCAUGCAUACAAUAUGACAGAAUAACUUUGCAUAAGUGCACAAAUAUUGUAAACAGAAAUAGGAGCAUAUCCAAUAUAAUAAAUAUAAUUUUAAUUUGUAUUAAUAUUCAAAUUAUCUUAGACAAGGGUACAAAGAUUAUUUUACAGUUCAGUUUCUUGUGAUUUGGCCAGUACCUAAGGAGGCCUGUUAGUUCUUUCACAAUGUUCCCAGUAGAGUGUACUACAUAGCACCCUCAUCCUUACUCUAACAGGGAUACUUACUCUAACUGGUUCACACAUAAGGAGCACUUCCCUGGCCUGGGGUCUGGUUCCACUUCACAUACCAUAAAAUUAAUUUUGGCAUCCAUUCAUUGUUUGCAGAGGAUGUGUUUGGAAGCAAGGGCUGCUCCUGGGGUUUGUGAGGUUCUAGGUUCUGAGUAUGUGUAAAAAGUUACUGAGCCCCGGGUUAUGAACUUGUGUGUAAUGUUCACAAUAAAAGAAUUUUAGAUUCAGAAUGUUCUGAGAGAAACUAUGUGUGAACAACAACUUCCCAAAAAUUGUCAGUCAAUUCUUUGAAAGUUUACUGUAUUUUUUUCAAAAUGUAUUCCUUAAUUUUUAAAGUAAGAUAUGAGAAAAGAUUGUGGAUGGAAUUUCUAAAUGGUAAUAUUUUAUGUCAUUCCAUUUUGAAAUGUCUGUACUUUAGUUUAAAAUGUAUUAUGUGUAACUGUUUUAAGAGUAUCUUUUUAGUCACAAAAAUAUUUAGUUUUGCAUUUUCUAGUCCUCAGGUGGCUUUCUUUUAUUUCACAUGGCUUCCCUUUCCCCAGCUCAUUUUUACAUUAUUUUCUCUUUUGCCAUCUUUCCAUGCACACUGUUUAUUUGAGCAUUUAUCUUUUGUUUGCAAGUGGAGCUCUGUGAGACUUGUUUCAAAUAUGUCACAAAUGAUUAUUCUUGGGGUUUUGCCUCUGGAGCCGGCUUGGGAAGUGUGACCUGUGCCACCCCACCCGAGCUGCUGUUCUGCAUAUCACUGUGUCACACUUCGUUUCAAGAGGUGUCACAGUGACAGCAGUUUGUAAAAGAUCUUUCAGUAUGUGCAAUUCUUUAUUUUCAGGUGUCCCAUUAGUUUUAUUUGUAAAUGUCUUAAGAGAAAGAGUUUGGGGUGGAGACGAUUUAGCAGUUAAGAGGGCAUGAAAUUUAUACGUUUGUCACCUGUGUGUUAAGUUAAUGUUACAAAGAAUGGCGUAUAAAUAAUGUAAUUAGAUAUGUUGGAAAGAAGAUAGUAAUGACAGCCAUUCAAUGGUAACCUUUUGAACUGCUACAUGUGAAUAGAGUAACAGUGUCCAGAUUAAAAGAUAGUGAUAUGCCAGGGGUUUUCCUCAUUCUCUAUGAAAAUAUUUAUAUCUACAUCUCUCUGGCAGUAGAAGAAAAGGUGACUUCGCUGUUCCGUGCUUGUUCCAAGAGUUUAUUGCAAUGCUGCCAUUGCUACUGCCUUGACCUUGGCAUAUGACUGCCAACAGGUGGGGCAGUCCUGAAGUGAGGUUGUGGUACUGUGAUCUUCUCCUCGCCAAAGGAAAGCCUUUGCAGACUUGGUCAAAGGAGAUGCAUUGUGUUUGAAGUCUGCAGCUCUCCUACCUAUGUUUAUAUUUACUAUAUGGCUGCAUUAAAACUAUUUUAGAGUAUUUA